UACAGGAACGAGCUCACAAUUUCAACAUGGCUUUGUACCGUGCACCCAAACUCCAGCGUUCUUUGCUCAACCGCUGUCUCGCUACUGCAUCCACCACCCCAGCCGCUGCUUCGACGUCACGGACCUCGACGUUUCGCAAAACAUUGGAAGAGGGUCCCACCCUCGAUGACUUUAUUGCUGGAGAUGUACCCAACAACAGGGUUGUAUUGGGAAACACCUCAGCACCUCGCCUUCCAUCUUACUUGAAGACUUCAAUCCCUACAGGAGCAUCAUUUUCUAAAAUAAAGAAAGACUUGCGUGGGCUCAACCUGCACACUGUGUGCGAAGAAGCCCGGUGUCCGAACAUUGGGGACUGUUGGGGAGGAAAGCCCGGUGCUACCGAGGCAGAGGGACGCAGCGCUGCCACUGCUACUAUCAUGCUUAUGGGUGACACAUGCACUCGUGGUUGCAGGUUCUGCUCAGUGAAGACUUCCCGAACACCACCUCCUCUCGAUCCUCACGAACCCGAAAACACUGCUGAAGCUAUCAGUCGAUGGGGUCUCGGUUACAUUGUUCUAACCAGUGUUGACAGAGACGACCUUGCAGACGGCGGAGCUCGCCACUUCGCAGAGACGAUUUCAAAGAUCAAACAAAAAGCGCCCCAUAUUCUCGUCGAGGCACUUACCGGCGACUUUGCAGGAAACCUUGAACAUGUAUCCCUUGUUGCGAAAUCUGGGCUUGACGUCUACGCUCACAACAUUGAGACCGUGGAAGCCUUGACUCCGUUUGUUCGAGACCGAAGAGCCACCUUCCGACAAUCCCUGAGUGUGCUGAAACGCGCAAAGGAGGAAGGUGUCAAGGUCACGAAGACCAGCAUCAUGUUGGGUGUGGGCGAGACGGAGGACCAAGUUCUCGACGCACUUAAGGAGCUACGCAAGGUUGAUGUUGACGUCGUCACCUUUGGCCAAUACAUGCGACCAACGAAGCGACACAUGAAGGUCGACAGAUACGUAGAACCCGCCGAGUUCGACAGGUGGAAGCAGGUUGCAGAGGAUCUCGGGUUCCUGUAUGUUGCUAGCGGACCUUUGGUCAGGAGCAGCUACAAGGCCGGUGAAUUUUACAUUGAGAACGUCCUUAAGGGCAAGAGUGUCAACAAAAGGGUGAAGAACCUCACCAUGGAAUCCGAGCUCUCGGAAAAAUCAGCCUCGGCGUCGCUCUGA